AUGAUCCUCACCAAAGCACAACUCGAACGGUUGUACAGUGACCCGUUCGGCGAGUAUGCCCUACGGUACGCGGUAAGCGUACACGCAAGCAUCGCCGUAUACGACAAUCUGCUGCAAAACGUUCCGAUCGUAUAUUAUGGGCAUACAUUCGACAAACAUUUCCUGCAACAAGCCUUCCAAGUUACUGAGCAACAUCUUGCGCUGCAAAAGAUUAUACUUCGCGAUCAACUGGAUGUGGUCGAUGUGCACAACCGUGUGAUCGAGCAAGAAUCCAUCAGUAAGAGGCUGAACGGUACUAUGGUUGCGUUGAUGGUUGGGUUGGAAAUUCCCAUCGAUUUGAGUGUUAGGAAAUUUGAAGCGUGA